CGGGCCGUUGCUUCGGCGGGAGGGCGGGCGGACGUGCGCGUGCGCGCGCGAGAGCCGGGAUCUGUGCGCUGGAGCGGCCGCGAGCCAGAGGCUGGCUCCUUCAGUCAGUGAGGGGGAGAGAGUGAGUGACGCGGUGGAGGUGUAAGGGACUGACGCGGUGUUUACGUCUCGGUGUGAGUGUCCAGUGGCAGCAGAGAGAGCCGGGCACUGAGGGAAAUAAAACCGGAUCCAAGCAGGCUCCAGGCACUCAGCACAGACCUGGGAGUGAAUCUGGCAUAUUCCUGGUAACAAUGGAUUCCAGUGCAGAAGCUCAGCAUGGUGACACUGCAAUUUCAGAAGCGGAAACUCACCAGCUAGCAGUGCAGACACAAGCACAGCUUGCCACUAUAGCACAGGUAACCAUGCCUGGGAUCCAGUCAACAACCAGUCCAACAGUAACCUUAGUGCAGUUGCCUAAUGGCCAGACUGUUCAAGUCCAAGGAGUCAUCCAAGCAGCUCAGUCUUCAGUUAUACAAUCACCUCAUGUUCAGACUGUCCAUAUUUCCACUAUACCAGAAAGUGAGGACUCCCAGGAAUCUGUGGAUAGCAUGACGGACUCACAGAAACGUAGAGAAAUUCUAUCUAGACGGCCUUCGUAUAGGAAAAUCCUGAAUGAACUAUCGUCUGAUACCCCUGGUGUGCCAAGAAUUGAAGAGGAGAAAUCGGAAGAAGAGUCUGCCCCGACUGUUACUACAAUGACAAUGCCAACACCCAUCUAUCAAACUAGCAGCGGGCAGUACAUUGCCAUCACACAGGGAGGUGCGAUUCAACUGCCCAACAAUGGCACAGAUGGGGUGCAAGGACUCCAGACGCUAACAAUGAGUAACACAGCAACAAGCCAAGGUGGAGCAACCAUUGUACAGUAUACCCAGAGUCCUGAUGGGCAGCAGAUCUUUGUGCCGAGCAGCCAGGUGGUUGUACAAGGUGCCACUGGAGAUGUCCAGACAUAUCAAAUCCGUACCACUCCAAACUCCACUACUGGUCAGGGAAUGGUAAUGGCGUCGUCCCCAGUACUUCAGAACCAGCCCCAGAACGCUGAGGAAACCACUCGCAAACGAGAAAUCCGCCUCAUGAAAAACAGGGAAGCAGCAAGGGAGUGUCGUCGCAAGAAAAAGGAGUAUGUGAAAUGUUUGGAAAAUCGGGUUGCUGUGCUGGAAAAUCAGAACAAGACGCUUAUUGAAGAACUCAAGGCACUCAAGGACCUGUACUGCCAUAAAUCCGACUAGCACGCCCUUGUCAUUCUUGCGAAUGAAAAACAGACUUGCCCCAAAAGACUAUCAGCAUGAGCUGGGCGACUCUGCUACCUUUUCUAAUUUCUCUCCUACACGGGGGAGAAAAAAAAAGCAAAACUGCAUGGAUGCAGUUCCGGCAGCUGCACGGCCAUGCACCAGGAAUCAUGUAUCGGAACACAGGAUCCAACCUGGUCAAAUCUAUCUUCUUUGGAACUCGAAACAACCUGGAACCUGGUUUGGGCAAUUGUUUUUUUUCCACAUGAACAAUUUUGUAUACAGACUAACUUAUUGGUACAAAAAAAAAUUCUUGUCUAGUGUGACCAGGAAAAAUCACAAGCAAAAUUUUAGUUUAGUGUGGUGACUCCCCCACCACCAUACCUACCACUUUAUAUUUUCCUCCUUAUUGUUGAUCUGAGCACGGUGUUAUUGCAAUCAUACCAUCAGGCAAAGUGUUAUCUUGCAUCUUCAGCCAUGGCCUUGUCUUUGUUGCAUCUACGGGCCAAUAUUAUUCAAGGCACACACUUUUGAGGCAGAACAGAUGGCUAUGCUAUCCUUUACUCAACUGUGCCACUUGUAGAAUAUGCCUGAUUACAGCCCAGCAACAAUAUAAAACCACACCAAACAAUUUAGUAAGCCCACGUUGAGGCUGAAACCCCUUUUUUAACCAGAGAGUAGUGAAUGUCAAGCGCCUUAACUGCUUUGCUUACUGGCCGUUCAAUUAGUCUACUUUUUUUUUUAAACUUAGUGUGAAUUUUAAGAGUUGUUGGUUUGCAUUAUGUAUCUAUAUAGAUUUUUCUCUCCCUCUCUUUCUCUCUCUUUAAAUGGUGUUGUGAUCAAGCCAGAUUGUUCUGUCAAUGAAACCUGAACUGACUGAACCUAUGGCCAAAGGAAGGUGAGGCUAGAAGGAAUGCUGGUUUUGUAUUUAUCAUUCAACAAAGAAGUAUGUGAUGGAUCAAACCAUAAAACCAAUUAAUACUGUAAAGCAGCACCCAUGGUGAUGUGGGUGUGAAGAGCUGUUUUUUUUGAGCAGGGUGGGGAAGAAUAAUUAUUGUGAAACUGGUCACCUUGUUGAAUGCCUUUGCACUGUAUUAAUAACACUUUACAUUUUUAUACUGUAUAUAUAUUUCUAUAAGAAGUGUGACUCUGCAAGGAAAAAGGAAACUAGAAAAAGACCAAGGACUUGUGAUGCAAAUCCAUGGCCGCACUCUGUAUGGAGAGCAAUGCUGUUCUGUUAAUCUAAGGUUCAGCAUCUUGUCCCCACUCCGCAAAAUAAAUUAGUCCAGUGCAAGUUUUAACAGAGCAAACUACUUCUUCAAAAAUUCCUUUUUAAAAGUGAUGUACCAAUGGCAUAAUAAACUAUGCAAUGCAGGGUAUUGCAUGAAAAGA